UCACGGGCACUAACAGGAAGUCGUCUAAAUCGCCUUCGACAUGGAUCAACAGACUCCAGCACGAUAACUGAUGUCGCGGAGUGAAAAUUAGAAUCUUCUCGGAAGCAGAGGGUCGCACCAGACACCAAGGGAUGCCUUUCUGGACGAGGGAGGAUAUUUUAGAACGGUCUCUGAGAAUAAGUGCUGACUUUGGUUGCUCCAAUGGGCAAGUGUCAAUCUUGCUGUGAGGCAAAAGGACCGACAUCAGGUUCUCGGUACCACACACCCUCAGAUUACAGAACCAGAGGAGUGCCACGGAGCAUCAGCAAAGAGUUAGAGACUACCAGCAUCACAAUUCCAGUGAUGGCAUCCUCGCGGUCGGUGCCGGUGGCAUCUGAUCGGAAAAUGUUCACACCUUAUCCGAAACUGCCUCCGAUUAAAAAACCCAGUAAUGGAGAGAGCAAACGCUUGUCUUUUAUUUCCCGUGAUUUCUCAGAAUCAAAAGUUCAUGCUCUUUUUGAACAAUAUAAAGAUGCUGUUGAGGAUGCCAUCUUGGCGGAGGGUGUCGAAGCGUUUUGUUGUGAUUUAGAAGUGAAUCCUGAUGACUUUAUCGUUCUGGUGCUAGCGUGGAAAUUUCAAGCAGAAAUGAUGUGUAAGUUUACAAGGGAGGAAUUUCUACAUGGUUGUAAAUCCUUAAAGGUUGAUUCAAUUAAAGGAAUCCAAUCAAAAUUCACAGAGUUGUUGACAGAAGUGCAAAAUAAACAAAUUUUCAAGGAUCUGUAUCGAUGGACUUACAAGUUUGGCCUUGAUGUGGAAACGGGACAGAGGACUCUACCCAUAGAAAUGGCUAUCAGCCUUUGGAAACUUGUGUUUUCACAAAAUGAACCUAAACUUCUUAGCCGUUGGCUUGAGUUCUUGGAGGAUCAUCCAAGUAUUCGAGGAAUUCCUAGAGACACAUGGGAUAUGUACCUGAAUUUUACGGAACAGGUUUCUGACGACUUGAGCACGUAUGAUGAUACAGAGGCAUGGCCUAGUCUUUUUGAUGAUUUUGUAGAAUAUGAAAAUGAUAGGCAAAAUCAAAAUGUCAAGAUGAUAUAAGUAAAGCAGGAAACAUAUGGUCCCUUUGUCCUUAAAAAAAAUAUUGUUCUUUUUUUUUUUGUUCAUAAAAUGAACAUGUGCUUGUUUAGAUUUUUAGAAUGUGCAGAACUGUAUAUAAUGCAUGAUAUUUG